AUGCCUAGAGCCGGUUCCGGAAACCGACGCACGACACCGAAGCAAUCUGGUGGCCGGCAGGCCCAGAUUAGAAAGCACUUCAUAUGCGAAAUAUGCGAGCAGAUUGGUGAAUACAAGGCAUUUCCGAGGAGGAAAGAGCUACUCCGCCAUAUGAUGCUUCACGACCCGAAUGCUCCCAAGUACGCAUGCAAGUGGGAAGGCUGCUCGAGGACGUUCGCGCAAAGAUCUAACCUGAAGGUGCACGAGCGCAUACAUACCGGGGAACGCUGGGAAUGUCCAUAUUCUGGUUGUGACACGACAUACGCGGACAACUCUUCGCUUCAUAGGCACAAGCAGAGGGUUCAUGGAUACCAGGCACGGAAGACGGCGCCGCGUCAAGGCGCAUAUCUUCAGAUCGCUCCAUUGGCUGCCAACAAACGCCCCGCCCCGCAUGCGGCUAACACUCGUUCGACCAAAUCUCGCUCCAGCUCGAGACUAUCCCAGCACGAUAUUCCAAGGUCCGAAGAAUACUCUCCUGCUGCGCCCUCUAGCGACAGCAACGGUUUACUCCUGUCGAUUGGCUCCCUCGAUCUAACUGCUUCCUUCAACCCCGAUGGUUGCUCUGUGCUACCGGAGUUGAACUUUUCGGAUUACUCGUACGAAGCCGUGUCCCCCAUCCAAUUCACUCUCACGCAACUAGAAGACGUGCCCAUGACGGUUCAGACCCUCGACACGCUCGCCGUUCCGUCCAUCUCCCGCCCCUCGAUCACCCGACCUGCCACGGCGCCCCCUGCCUGCGAGCAGUUGCAUACCCCGUUUUACUUCUCGUCGCCCGAUGAUCCCAUUUUGGACGCGACGGGUAGGUUGACGCCGAUUGGCUGGGAAUCGGGGAGGUCGCUCAGCCUCCCCUUGUCAAUCGACAGGAAGUGGCUCACGACGCCCGGGAAUUCGCCUUACGUUGUCUCGCCCCUCAGCCUUCCGGCUGACCUGUCCUCGCCGUAUCUCGGUCCUUUGCCGGAGCUGACCCACACGCCUUCGCCUUCCCCGAUGAUCCUGAAUGUGGACGAGGUUUCCUACAAGAUGCUCGGACUACCCGUGACGAGCGGCCUGCUCUCGGAUAUCGAGAACGCUUGCAUUCCGGGGGAGGCGAGCUAUUUCAACGAGGUGGACACCUUCACCGCCCUUCUACACGGACACUAG